CUAGGUAGGAGAUGCGGGUUAGACCAGGUUGGACUAGGAUGCUAAGUAGGUGAGUGUCUUUGGUUUUCUCUUAACAGGAAAUUGGAAAAGGAGGCCUACCAAGAUGCCGGAGGAUGAUAGCGCUGGAAGGGUCUUGACCCUUGAGGACCUCAUCGCAGCCCUAGAUCGACAUGAGAGGACCCCGAGUAAUGUUCCGAAGGUUGAGACCUUCCACUUUGAUGGGGAAAGGGUCUCAGUCUGGCUAGACCUGGUGGACCAGGCAAUGGUGGGAUUGUCAGAUGAGGUGAAAUUCCAGCGUAUUAUGACGUACGUGCUCCAUAGGCACCAUCAGGAGGUGCAAAAGGUUGUGGAUGUCGCCCAUGGCAGUUGGGCAAGAUUCAUGGAGAGCAUGCUGCGCAAGUAUCGGUUGGGUGAUGGGUUGCUUACCAUCUCAGAUCUUGAGGGAAUGAACAAGGAUGACUUUACCAUGAUAGGGGCCUUCGUACAAGAGUUUAAGAAGAAGGCAAGGAAAGUUCACGGGAUCUCUGAGGAGAGGCAAUGCGCUAUCUUUCUAGGGCUGCUCACUGGGUCAGAGGCAGCCGAACUGACGAGUCAUGGAGCAGGCAGCGCAAAGCUUACUUGGGCCACCAUCGACAGAGGAGUGGAGGAUGGGAGUUUAGACCACGUAGAGCAGCAUCAGAUGCGCCUGCAAAGGAGGAAAAGGAAGGAAAGGGACGCUACUGCAUCAGGGACCCCGAGGGUAAAAAGGAUUGUCACUGAUGUACUUGCGGCGUUAGGCUAUGGCCAGGAUGCCGAGGUGCAGAAGAAAGCAGUAGCCGUGGUGCAAGGCCGAGGGAAAGAGGUGGGGGAUAAAGGCGCCGGGCAAGAGGAUUACGGCGGGGAGGAGACGGGGUCACAAAUCCUUACCAAGGCCCAGCGGAAGCAACACAAUCUGUUGCUGGGCCACACGAUUCGGUCCUGCCAGCAACGACCGGAUGAUGAGCUUGCGGGCCUGAUUUCCUCCUGUAUGGAUGGGGAUAUAUACGACAAGUGGGGGGAACACAUUGAACCCAAGACCCCGGGAGGAAUCAGGCAGGAGGCCCUCAGGCGGGCGGCGGCAGGGCCAUCGGCCGCCUCGACCAUGUUUAGAAUGUGGCAGGAGAGAGAAGACCCGGCCAUAAGAAUCGAAGAGAUCACGGGGGAUAGUGAGGAGGUUACGCAACGAUUAAAGGCCGGGGCCAUAAAGGAAGAGUCGAUAAUUGUUGAGUCAGAUGACGAGGGGAGAGAGGAUGAAGGGGAGCCGACCGUAACCACCAUGGAAAAGAUGGAGGAUUUGGUAGAAAAAAUGGGGAGGUACCAGCGGAGGCUGAAAGAGCUAUGUGAUGAAAUCCAAGGGUGGAGAGCCGACCUCCCAAAGGUCUUCCUCUAUGAGACCGGGCCGGGGCCGGCAGCUGGACAGGAGAGUAGUCCCGGGGUUGUCGUGGCAGGGUCUGGCCCCAGGUCAGGAAUGAUGUUCAGGCCGCCCACCCCGCAUGGGCGGGCGCCGCAAGCAACUCAAACCAGGAGCCAAAGUAAGGCGGGCCCUAGUCAGCCACCAAGCCAAGCGCCAAGUCAGGCACCUCCACGGAAGAGACUUGAGCCUGAGCGUAGAAAAGAGGUGGUCGAGGUCCAGGAAGAGAAGGAAGAGGAAGAUGACACGGAGGAUGAGAGGCUUCGUCAAGAGGAGGAUCGGCGGGCGGAGCAAAGAGCCCAGAGAAGGGAGGCCCAGGAGAAAGCUGAGCGAGGUCUACAGGAAGGUGUGCCCAGGAAGAGAAAGUACACCGUCAGGUUGGAGGAGGACUUUGACGUGGAAAGGAUGGUGGACCGGCUCCUUGAAGGUCAUAACGACCUUAUGAACUUAAAAGAUACUCUGGCGUCCGCACCAAGACUCCGGGAGGAGUUGAAAGGGCGAUUGUCUCGAAGGUUAGUGCCCAACGUGCAUUUGAGCGCCGUCCUGCCCAGGAAAGUGGGGUGGACACAAGCUGGGAUAAGGAUGGACUGGAAGUGUGCAACAUGUGGGGUAGUGGAUUUGGUAGUGAAGGAAAAGAAGUGCGUGGCAAUGAUGGAUACGGGCACUGAAAUGAACAUUAUCCGGGAGAGAGAUGCGCUCAUGCUUGGAAUGGAGAUCGGCCAUGCGGAUCACGGUGUGCUGCAAGGGGCUAACUGCAAGGCAGUUUUUUGCGGCACCGCGUCGAAUGUGAUUAUAGAGAUUGGUAAGGUGCGAGCGAGGACGUGCUUUUUCGUCAUGCCGAACGUGGACUACCCUAUCCUUCUGGGCAGGUCGUUCAUGUGCAGGACAGAGACCCUGAUCUUCAAUAAGCACGAUGGGACGAUGAUAUUGCUUUUGAGUGACCCAGCCUGUGGGAACUACGAAGUUGUCACCUGCCGGAACACGGGGCCAGGGAGCGAGCGGAAUAGGCCUAAUCCUGACUCGUUCACUUAUGUGGAAUCGGAGAACGAGCGGCGGAGGCUCGCGGAGGAGUCCGAGGAGGAAGGUGGGGCGGAGGUGCUGUCACUAAGCCUUACAGACGUAAAUAAAGCUAUGGAGAUCGUGGCAGCACAUGAGAUGGCGGACCCAGAGGCCAUCAAGGCCUUGCGAGAGCGGGUUUUGAAAUGCCCACAGGCAGGAGAAGUGGAGCUUAUCUAUCGACUUCCUGGAGGAAGAAAAGGGUCUGCGAUGGCACAAGAGUAAACAACAAGCCGACCUUUUUUAGGGGACGGCUUAAGCAAGGCGCCCAAAGGCGGUACAAAACAGUAGAUAAAAAGUGUCGCCCUGU